GCGUUAUUUGAAACAAUGAAUAUACAGAAGGUCCUCAUUUAUGUCAAAUCGUGCACCAAGACAAUGUACUGCCUCCAGUGGCUUAUCCCUGUACUGUUAAUUCCAAAGCCAGUCCCUGCUGGGCUUCUUCAUAAUCAUGUGGUAUUUAUGGUACUCUAUCUGACGGGAUUCUUCCUGGAACGCAAACCUUGUACCAUAUGCUCUUUGGUUUUUUUGGCAGCAGUGACCGUCUUAUGUUAUUCAGGAAUUGGAAACUGCCUUUUGUGGCCUACUUCAGAGUGCAAUGGUGAAGGCAAUGGGUCCAAUGAACUUUGUAGUGGUGAUGGAUGACCAUCCAGUACAAGAGGCGGUGAUCUUGGGGAGAAAGAAUGGGGUUAAGUAGGUAUUUUACUUUUAUUUGAUGGUUAACUUGGAGUUUUUGGUGGCCUGCUUAUGAACAUGUAUGAUUGAGUAUUUAUGUAUAUUAUACAUGCUUGUAUACAUGCACAUAUUUAAAUAUGUAUGUAUGAUAUACAUCAUUGUAUAUGGGUAUGUAUUUCAGUAUAGAUUGGAAAAACCAUGUGAACUCAAGUAUAAAUACCUUGGAUGAAGGUUUUUAUAUUCACAAUGUUUUGUGAGUAUGACUAGUAUUACACAAAAAUUUUUAUUAUGUAGAUUUUUCUUAUCUAGGGCUAUUUUAGUUCCAUUCAUUGUAUGGCCAUUCUCAACUCAUUCCUGCCCUUUCUUCAGUACUGUAUUUUGUCUUUCAUCAAACUUUUUUAACAAGAAAAUUCCAGAAAUAUAUAAAGUAGAUUCUAAUUUGGGUAAAGCACUGAUUGGUUCUAUUUAGUAUAUGCUUCAUAUGCACUCAUUAUUCAUAUGGUUGAAAGUAACAAAAAAAAGUUUUGAAGCAGUUUUCAAGAGCAAAUAUUUCCACUUGUUAAAGGCCUUGAGGAAUGGGUAUUUCUGAGUUUUGUAUUUCAGCUUUGCUGUGGUGCAUAAUCUGUUGAAGAAAAAAGUGAUCUUUGUGGGAGUGUAAAUUGUAUAUAUUAUGUACAUUAAGUUGGACAUUGAAUUGAGGUGCCUUUAAAGUACUGUUCUGGUUAAAAAACCUUGUUUGUACAGACGUGAUUUGACUUCCUUUGUUGCAUUACAAUUUUAUCCUAAUGUGAAUAUAUGGCAGUUGUUACUUCAGUAUUCAUUUUAUAUGCAAAUGUUUCUUGGUGUCUUCUCACAUUGGUUUGAACUUUUGGUAGAGGUUCACGAUUUCACCUUGUUUUUUAAUGAGUGACCAUCCUAAUUUUUGCCCUUAAUGCCUUUGCUAGUAAAGAUUCCUUUUGGGUAUUAGAUAAUAGUUUCACAUCCGUUCCCCCAGAGAAUAGAAAGUUGAUAAGAGUGGGUAAACUUUCCCUAUUUCCAUUGGUGAAUAUGACCAUAGUUUAAAAUAUUGGUGAAAUUUUGCAUUGCUUGAUGAUUUAUGUAAUGCCUUUCCAUUUUUCAUAUCAUAAGUAAGGUUAAGGUUAGCUUUUUUUUCAUGUCAGAAGUGUAGUGAAUGGCAUAUUAAUUUUCCUUGCCAAUGAGACCCUUUAUAUCUAGUACAGCGCUGCAGAUAUUACCAGUGUUUGAUAGGAUAUGGAUGUACAGUAGCAAUGUAUUUUGUACUUUGUUAUAUAUUCCUGUGAGGAUUUGAAAAUUUUUAUGGAGUAUGCACUAAUUAUUAAAUGACAACUCGGAUAUGCAAGCAAGGCACAGCUUAAUGGUAUUCUAAAAGAACAUUGGUAGUAAUGUGAGCAACAAGAGCAUUUAACGACCAACUCCCAAUUAUUUUCCCUAACAUAAUGGAUUUGUAAAUUUGGUAUAUACAGGCAUGGAAGCAUGAGCAAUGUCCAGAUUUUUAGUACGAAUGUGCAGGAACCUGUAACGGAUGUAAACUUACAAAAUUACAUAUGUAGGUACUGGAUAUUUUUAAGUUUACAGAUAGGUUAAAAAAAAUUCUGGUAUGCAAUUUUUCACUUCAGACAUGAUCAGUCCAUCCGUAAAAUAGAUGUUGGUAAUGGACAUUAGUGAUGGCAAUAAGUAUUUUGUAUGUAUGAAUGAUAUAUGUGUAUAUACUUAUAUAUAUGUAUAUCCUCCUGUGCUUAUGAUUGGUAUUUAAUAUGCAUUUAUUAUCACCGCUGUAAAAACUUUUAUCAAAGUCUGGUUAUUAUUUGUAAGCUGUAAAAACUUUAUCAAAGUCUUUUUGUUGGAAGGAAAUUUUAGCAGGUCUGCCAUUCUGGACACAUUUUUACAAAUUACUAGUUCCUUGAUAUUUUUAUAUCUUUUUUAUUCAAAAUUGAUUAAUUGUGCAUUGAAAAUAUAUAUAGUUUGAUUUUUUCUUUCUCAGAACAUGAUCGUAGUUGGUAAUCCAAUAAUUAUGGAUAGUUAAAGGUCAGAUAGUUUUGUAAUCAUUCUCUUCUGCAUAUGCCCUUUGUGGUAUUAGUAUGUCUGUGAUGAUUUUGGAACUUUACGGCUAUUAUUAUCUCGUUAGAAUACAAUACUGUGGUGUGUUAAAGUGAACACUUAUCAGCCAGCUUCAAUUUAAUGCGAUCAUACCAUGUGAUAGUACAAGUCUCAGAUUUGUAAAAAGACACUGAGGAAGUAGGUUCCAUUAUUUGCAACAUUUCUCCCUUUUUUAACAGGUUGUUUCAUAAAACCUACUAUCCUCGAGCAGGACAGAAAUUGCUGAUGUGGUAAUGUAAUUUCGUUGGUUUAUAAGGUUGCCAGCCACAGCUCAUUCUAAGAAAACCUUUCAGCUUGAAGAGUUUGAGCUAAUACCUUUUGCAUAAAAAAUAAUGUAAAUCUCUCUAUUUUAGGAUAAUUUUUGAUAGACUACACCAUCUCUUUAAGAAGAUAAGCACUAUUGUUCCCAGGUUAAAGCUGAAGGGCAGAGUGACUAAUGUUCACAGCCCAGUUGUACAGGAAAGACUACUAUAUGCAUUACUAAAUUGGAAGAAAGUCAAGUUUUAUUGGGUGCUUAGUCCUUGGACAUGUGGAUGGUGGAAAAUUUCUUUUACAAGUGAAUUACAAAGACACCUAUGCUUCAUUGAUAGCUUGGGAAUAUGUUCCCACAAUGCAGAUUUUUUUUUUCUUGGAGAUCAAUUAAAUUUGGUUAUAAAUAUUAGAUUUAUUACUUUUCUCUAGGUACAGUGCUUGGAAAAUAAGGAAAAGGCUUAGCUGUAAAAUUUCAUUGAGGUAUAAAUGUACUUUUAAAUAUUUAUUGGCAGGUUAGUAGGUAUCAGAAUUUUACAUCAAACUUUCAUGUUAUAAAGCUGUGUUAGCAAUGUUAGGGAUAUAAUUAUAUGUGAUACUUCUUGUGAAGAUAUUUUAUGCAUUUUUAAAAAAAUCUUUGCAGCACAAUGUUUUUUCUCUUUAUCAUAUGUAUAGGGCUAGUGUCUAAAGUUGCAUAUAUUAUCUUCAUCAUGUGCAUGUUUGUAUAUGCACUGCGCACAUGCAAACACACACAUCUGUAAUACUGAAUAUAGAUUGUAAGUUGCAGAAAUUGAGUAUGUCAGUGCUUGUAAAGUUUUGCAUUUUUCUUGAUGAAAAUUUUCAGUAGGAUUAUAGCAUCCUUUUAUUACUCAUGUGAUCAUAUAUUUGUAAUAUCUCGUGUGUAUCCUGUAUGUUGGAAUUCAGGUAAAUCUAGUCAGUAUCAAUAUCAAGAGAGCUGUUGUAAAUAUGCUACUGAAUUCUCUUGCAUUCUGAAUAUAUUAUGCAGGACUAGAUUCGACAAGCAAUACUUAGAUUUGGCAAAAAAAUAAAAAAGAAUAAAAAGAUAAACUUGCCGUUUAGCAGACAAAUGAUUGUUCUUGGGGGUUACUGUUACACAACCCUUUGAAAAGUAAUUCAUUUGCAGCUGUGUUAUUACUAUUGUAUGUGGCUAAUUUUAACUGUUGAUGGAUAUCGAGAGUAUUUUGUGAAUAAAUUUUUUAUAAUGGGAAAA